AUGGCAUCUCAUCAGAAAAUCACCUCAGAUAAUUACAUUGUUAGCCUCUCUCCAAGAAGUAAACAUCCUGGGGAUGAAGGAGUCUUGUUGCCAGAGUUUAAUGAGCUUGUGCUCAAGGAGUUUGAUCUAACUGCCUACAGCAAUUCUGGGAUUUCUCCAAGGAAGGAUGUAGAGACAAGUAUGGAAUUUAAGAAGGCAGCAGACAAGGAUGAGACUGAGCAAGAGAUCCUCAACCUGAAGAACAUGGUCAGAUUUCUACACGAGAGGGAGAGGAACCAUGAGAUUCAAUUGCUUGAGUACUGUGGCCUCAGGGAGCAGGAGACUGUUGUGAUGGAUCUCCAGAAUCGGUUGAAGAUUAAUAACAUGGAGGUUAGGUUUCUCGAUCUCAAGAUUGAGUCCUUGCAGGCUGAUAAAAGGAGACUGGAGCUACAAGUGGCCGAUUAUACAAGAGUAACGGCCGAUCUUGAAUCUGCAAGAGAAAAAAUAAAGCUGAUGAAGAGGAAGAUUAGGUCCAUUUCAGAGCAAAGCAGGGAACAGCUUUACAUUCUUCAAAAGAAAGUCGCAUACUUGGAAGAUCAGGAGCGAAUGGCUGUCAAUAAUGAUGCUGUAAUCCAAGAGAAAUUGCAGAGGUUAAAAGAAUUAGAGGAUGAAUUAGUACAACUCAAGGAGGCUAACUUAAGAUUGCAUAGUGAAAAUUCCGAGUUGGCUAGUAAGUUGAAAUCUACUGAUCAAAUCCUUGCCUCUUAUGUUUUGGAGAAGCCUGCAGAGACCGAAGCGAUGCGUGAAGAUAACAAUCAAUUGAGAAAACAAAAUUCCGAUUUAACAAAUGAGCUUGAGAGGCUCCAAACAGAUCACUUUGCAGAUGUGGAGGAGCUGGUCUAUCUCCGGUGGGUGAAUGCUUGCCUACGAUUUGAACUGAGAAAUUAUCAACCUCCACCUGGUAAAAUGGUAGCAAGGGACCUAAGCAAGACCAUGAGUCCCAGGUCACAGGAGAGAGCCAAAGAGCUGAUACUCGAAUAUGCAAAUUCAGAGGGGAUUGGUGGUAAGGGCGUGGUGACUGAUAUCGAUUCCGAAUUAUGUCGCUCAUCAUCUCAGGCCUCCAUUGCUGAUUGCAGUGAAUUUUCUUGUGACACUCAACCUUCCACCAAAUCCCACACUUCGACCAAAAGGAAAUUCCUUCGCAAGCUUAAGAAGCUUGUAGUGGGGAAGAAAGGUAAUAAUAGCAGUGAUCGGCCGACUAGUUCAUCAUCGACAACGUCGGACAGAAAUUUGACGACUAUUACUAGUUCUGCAUUUAUGAGAUCACCUGCCCCCAGCACUACAUCUGAGGAUAUGAUGGGAAUUUAUUCUUUCGACACCCUUUCUCCUUGCCGUCUCUCAAGUAGUAAUUCAGCAACCUCUUAUACAGUAACAGCUGUAACAGAAGAAAGAAAUGAAGAGAGGAGUGAAGUAACUCCAUCUCGUAGCAGGUCAAGGUCAUCUUUGGAUACCGAAAGAUCAAGGACUCUGAGCCUCGACGAUGUUGAAUUUGUUCGGAGAAUGAGAAACAGUACUCAUGAAGAAACCUCAUACAAGGGAAUUGUUCCAAGUGAUGAGGAUAGAGCUCGUGGUUUUGCUCCAAAUUAUACGCUUCUUCAUCAUGACCAAGAUGAUGCACUGGAUAAAUUAGAGCUCAUGAAAUUUGCAGAAGUUUUAAAGGCUUCUCGUGGGACCAUGUUUUUGGGUUAAAUAC